ACCUGAUUCUCUCACGCAACCCUCCCUCUCUCCCUGUUUUCUGCUUCCAGCUGCCGGUCUCUUCCCUGUUUCCCUAUUUCUUGCUCUCGUUGCCGGUCUCUCUUCGCCAUCCCUGUUUCAUGGUUGCUGUGACGCUGCCGCCGCAAACGCCACCUGCAUCUUUCUGUCUUACUGCCGCCUAUCCCCUGCUUCCUACCUAGCCACAUGCUCCUUGCCACCCCUCUUUUGGGCUGCAAGUCUUUUCCUGCACCACCCUCGGACAGCAAGCCCCUCCUCUCCCAGCAGAGAAAGUUCAUUAAGCAUAUCAAAAAUCCUUCUUCCUCAAGUGUUUGAAAAUAUGUCAAUGCAUGAACUAAGAGCCCUUCUUGCUGAAAGAUCAUCAAUGAACAUAUACAUAAGAGGAGAAUCCAUGGAUAUAAAAUCAAAUGUUAUUGGUCUUUUAUUGGAAGGGUUUGUAAGGAAUGAAGAUGCCCAGCAAGAGCUCAUCACAUCUCCUGCAGCAUUGUUGCCUUCACAUUCUAAUUUGUCUGUAAUUAGUUCAGAAUCCUCUGGUUUUGAGAACGCAAGCUCUUGCCAUUUUGGCUCCUGUUAUCAUGUUGAUACAAGGGCCCGAGUUAUCUUUUUUGACCUCGGUGCUGCUGAAUUGGACGGUUUUUAUCAAAAGCGGACUUCUUCAAGGCUCUCACUGUCCAUUGAACAACCUCGGGCCUCUGGCAGGGAGCAUGAAGGCCUGAUGAGUUGGCCUGAGAAUUUCUUUACAGCGAGGAACUCUAACGUGACCGACGCACCACCAACUACCUUCUCAGCUAGAGCAAUGGAACUGAGCAUCUAUGGCACCAUGAUGAAUGACGGGCUAAGGGAUUUCAGAAGCUUCUACAGAUCUUCGCAAAGCAGACAAAACCAUAGUCUGUCGUAUCCUCAUAUACCCGCUGAGACGACGACAAAUGUUUGUCCUCUUUUAUCCGUACAAUCUGAAGGAAAUAGUGCGAACAUGAGGCUUGGUAACAGACAGUUAUUCAGGAUAGCACCAUUGCCUCUGCGGCCUGUGAGAAGGAGACAAAGAAAUGUUGAGGGAGAUGAUUCAAGUGAUGAUGAUUUGGGUGGGGAAGUCGUCGUGCUAAUCGAUUCCCCAAGCACUAUUUCAUUCAGCAAUGUUUCUUGAGGAAAGCUUAGGCGUCAGAAAUGUGAGAAAUCUUUCAAUGAUUUCUCAGAAGCUUCCGGGUUUCUUCUGAGUUUCUCAAGUUGUAUAAUAAUCAAGAAGGCAGCUGCUUCCUGUCAUUAUUUGGUUGGUGGAAAUUAAACAGCUGCUGGUUUGCUUGAAACUUAACUCCCCAUUCUGAGGCUUAUCAUAAAUAAACAAUGCUAGGAUAUGGUUUUUAUGCAAAUGUUUAAUGUUAUGCUAAAAUGUUUACUGCUAUAUGUUCAUCUUAGUGGAACGUGAA